UUUUCUUUUUUAAAAUAAAUAGUGAAGCGGGCUUCGCUUGUUGGAUCAUACAGUAAUAACAGAAUUUAUGUAUCAUUAUCAAGAAUUAUUUGGAAAUGAAAAAGAUCGCGCUGAAACGAUUUAACGGGCUGUUUCAGCGCUUACUAGCUAAUGCUUAUCAGUUAGCUACUAGCUUAGCUUGUGAGCCACCCUAUGAUGAUUAGCAUGCAGGUAGCCCGUAUAUGUCUGUUAUCCGGAACAUCACCGGCAUCCUAACCGGGAGCCGAUUCACGCACGCGUGACAGUCGUGAAACGGUUCUAACAUCUGUUCAGAACAACUCAGCCACCGAGUCUGGGCCGCCUCCGGUAGCUACGCGGAGGACGGCAUUAGCCCGCUAGCUUCGGAGUAAUAUGUUCAGCUGGGCUCGUGUGUGUGUGUGUGCGCGCGCGCGCUGUAAAUGGCAGCACAUGACCACCGGCGCUGUAAACACUGCGGCCACACCGGCGACUCCUGAUAACGGUAGCGGGCUCCGUGCUGCUCCUCCCCCGCUCCGGGGAUUGCCGUAACACAGCCGGCGUUGGUCUCUCCGUUACCGCCCGCGGUCGGGCUGCCAGCCGCGCAGCCGCCGCAGAGCUAUGACCCGGAACGUGGGUUGUUUGCAGCUGUUUACAUCCAGAUUUUUUAACCUGGACGGUAAAAUUAAACCGUUCUAGCUGGAUCAGCAUCGAGGGCCUGCAUGGAUGGGACGUGAAACCUGAGUCCCCAGAGGGGUCCGAGUAGGGAAGUGUUUGGCGGUUUCUGGGGUUUCUGGACCCCGCAGGCCUGUAUAGUAAAGCUGGGCUGCAAUGAUACCUCAGGGCCCGCUGGACCCCAACACUGGACUGCAGCAGGACUGUGAACUGCAUUGAGAGCCACAGCUGCCUGAUGUCCUAGUAACUAAUUGUUGAUUUUUAGGCCAAAGCUGAUCAAAUUAGUUCUUAAACUGUUUCCUGAACACAGUUAGUGUCUCAUCAUAUUUUAUUAAACAUGGUUAGUUCUGCUGGAAAGCUAUGGGAGUCUGUGGGGACUGACCCUAUGCUGGCCCCUCUGCUGAACUUCAGAGGAACUGCAGAUGGUGUUUCACAGCAUUGGUUAGUUGGUCCUGAUGUCCGAGGACCAGUGUCACCAACGGGCCGAGGCCUCCCGGCGGGGCCAGGGCGGUCUGGAGACAGGGGAGGGUGACACUGAGCCCAGCAUGCUGCUGCAGAAACUGAAGAGCAACAUCUCGAAACAUGUUCAGACCAAAGUAGAGCAGAUCCUGCAAGAUGUUCAGCGUUUCUCUGACAAUGACAAGUUGUACCUGUACCUGCAGCUGCCCUCUGGACCGAGUUCUGGAGACAAAAGCAGCAGCGAUUCGAGUUCAUUUAACACGGCCGACCAGCUUCACACCUGUAACUGGAUCCGCAGUCACCUGGAGGAGCAUUCAGACACCUGCCUGCCCAAACAGGACGUCUACGAGACCUACAAGAGGUACUGUGAGAACCUGCAGCAGCGUCCUCUGAGCGCCGCCAACUUUGGGAAGAUCAUCAGAGACAUUUUUCCCAACAUCAAAGCGAGACGGCUCGGAGGCCGAGGACAGUCCAAGUACUGUUACAGCGGCAUCAGGAGGAAGACGGUCCUCAACAUGCCUCUGCUGCCCAACCUCGACCUGAAGAAUGACCCGGCGGAGCUCACCGAGCUGGUCCAGACCUACAAACAGGAAGUGACAGAGGCGGCGUGCGAGCUGAUUUGUGACUGGGCGCAAAAGAUCCUGAAGCGCUCGUUCGACACGGUGGUGGAGAUCGCUCGCUACCUGAUCCAGGAGCACAUCGUCAACCCUCGCUGUAGUCAGGCCGAGCUCGUGUCCUCCGCCGCGCUCGCAGGCGGUCCAGCUAAAACCCACAAAGUCAUCAAGAAGACUCCUUUGGCGUCCAGAGCUGAUGGUGAUGGCGCUCCUGAUCAGAAGAAGGAUCUCGGAGACUCUUUCUCCUCUUCCUCGCUGAAAUCGCAAUCAGGAGACAAAUCGGCUUUGUCUGGAAAACCUUCCUCCCUAGAUGCUUCGCCUCCCUCCAGCUCUUCCUCAUCUCUACGUCCUGCGGUUGAAGCAUUCAUCAAGCAGUUACCCAGAAUCCUCCCUCGCAGCUCCAUCCCAGAUAAGACACUCACCGUCCGCUCCUCUCCACCCUCACUAGCUCCCAAAGACGCCUCUGGUGUAGGGGAGGUGUCUGGACAUGGAGGCCCCACUGCCACCACCGCCACGAGUGGUGGCGGGGUGAAGGUGAUCGCGAUGGCGACGCUGCCGCAGCAGCAGGGCGGCACCUUUCCUGUGAUGAUUCUGCCUCAGAGCUGUCUGUCCUACGAAAGGGAGAAGGUUGCCCCGCCUCCUCCCCCUCAGCAGCAGCAUGCCCCCUCAGCCCCCACCUCUGUGGUCCAGAGGGUUCGAGGUGGAGCAGCCAAGCGUCCCCUGGAGGUGGUGGUGUCCAGUGGCAGUGCCAUCGGUAGUAGCACCACUACCAACACGACGCCCGUGAAACGGAAACGAGGACGACCGAGAAAACCUCGCCCCGAGGACUCCCUGCCAGCCCCGCCCACUACUCUUCCUCCUCCACCCCUACCACCUGCGCCACCCCCUCCUCCUUCCAUCAUCAGCUCUGUGACGGGUGGCGUCAUCCAGAAAGCCUCCUCGUCGUCCGCCUCCUCACAGCCCGUGCUGGAGCUGGUGAUCCAGGAACCGCCCGGCAUGGUUCUGGGUGCAGUGGAGCACCGUGGCGUGGUGGUGCAGUGCCCUCCAGAGGUGGACCGCCACAGUAAGCCGCUGCUGCUGCUCCAGAGCCCGGGAAACCAGAGCUGGGAGCUGGCGGCGUCAGGGCGCACCCAGAUGGUGGAAGUCAUCCAGAAAGCUCCAAGACCGAGCAACAACAACAGCGCCACCACGCCGCCCACCGCACACCUGCCAGCGCCUCCCCUCCCACUGCCCACGCUGCACGAGGAGCAAGGCGAGGUGGAGAUCACGCUGACGCCGGUGCAGCCGCACGUAAGCCUGCCGCCACCACCUCCUCCUUCCACCUCCUCUGCUGGCUCCGCCUCUCCCGCCACAGUGAUGAAGAAUGUGGAAGAGGAAGCAGAGAGCAGCACAUCCUCACAGAGGGAGGGGCACUAACCCUGUUACCUCACUCGCUACAAAGCCUCGCCCGUCUGACGUCUUCUUCCUCAUUGGUGGAGAUCCCAGAUUGGCUGCGUCAGACAGCCAGUCAGGGGCAUACAUGAAACCAGAACACUCACAUCUCGCGGCCACACUUCCUCCGAACAUUUGUUGGUCUGCUGCUUCGCUUCACCUUAAAACGUGCAGAGGAGGAGGCGGGGUUUGGUACUUACGGGUCAGAGCCUUGUAAAGGUUCUGUGUGUUAAACCUGAGAAACCACCUCUGUAAUGAGCUCAGCCUCUGCUCCCCUGUAGGCCGUCGCCUCCAGGAGGUGCCGUUUGGGGAGCAGAGGCUCCGCCCCCUGUUCUGAACAGCCUUGUGUUUUUAUCGUGUUGGUUUGUGAUUUUUUUUUUAAAUGUGCCCCCCAAAAAGAAGCCGUUUGAUCUAAACGUUUGAACGCGACUUUAUUUAUUAGUUCAGCUUCUUUGAUUGCAUUUAAAUGAUUAAUAGUAGGUCACAGACUCUAAAGUGCUCGUGUCUGUUUCCGUCAGGGCCAGAUGACCUCACAGCAGACCUGCUUUCAUGUGUUCUUUGUCAAGUAGCAACCACAUUUGUUUAACUAGAAAGUACUUUGUGUGAACUGUGCUGGAAACCUUCACCACCCGGCGACGAUUUACUGAAAGUGAUUUUUUACUUCAGCAGGUUAUUUAUGGUGAAAAAUUGCCCCUCCUCCGGCAGCCACGUUGUUGUUUUCAUGUUAAUGACGUGGAUGUAGACCCCCCCGCUAGAGAGCACAGCAGCGGCACGAUAUCUGGCCCUUACGGAUCGAACGGCUGGUUUGAAGCUUGAGCUCAGGCACAAGGAGCAAAGCACAAGUCGCCCUCCACCAACGCUCGCAUGCAGUACGAAGAAUUUACCCACUCAGAGCCCGUUAGAUGCCAUGCACCCUUUGCACUAACCAACUCCCUGCGAGCGCCACCACAGCUCUGUCCCGAUCAGCAGUGUGACACGACCACGUCGAGACGCUGAUGUUAAUAAAAAUAAAAUGAUAAAUAACCCAAAACAAAGGUUUCGGCCACAGGAAGUGCCCUAAACUUGUAACAGGAAGUGGUUCCUGCUCUUCUUCUGUGGUUCCUUCAGGAGGACUCUGGAAGUGUCACAUUGCUGAGCGAUUGUUCUUCACUUCUGUCAGACCGCUUCUCGCUCCCCGCGGGCGUCGUCUUCAUCAUUGGUGCUACAAACCUGCAAGGCGCGGCACUGCCGCCGUCCUCGCCAUCUUCAUCCUGUGAUCUCAGACUUGUAAAAACCCCGUUUGUCAGUACUCGCGUCUGGAGGUGUGAAUGUGGCGUGUUCAAGUGUGUGUCCUCACUUCCCUCUGUCCUCUGACAAUGAGAGCUGCGGGUCAGUUAACGGGACGUCGAAAAUCAUGACUGUUAAUUCACACGUGUUGCAUGAUGGGAAGGUGCACACGGCAGCACUGCACUAAGCGCCAGCAUGUAAAUAUGACUGCAUGGUGUAAACUCAGCCGACUGGCACGUCUCGGCGUCCUGUUAACUGCCGCGCCUCGGCCCUGACUGACUCCAGCGUUGCACUGUGUAAAGAGUCCGUGUGUGUUACCAGUUUGUUGUUAUAUGCAUUGAGAGACUACGUCACAGGUAUUUAUGAGUAAUGUUUUGCUUUGUGGUUGCACCUGACGAGAGGCCGGCCGCACUAUGGCCGUUUCAGUUUUAAGUGUUGAACAGUAUGAAUAAAGAGGAAAACACGAGUGUUUUAUGAGAGCUGAAGUAAUCACACAGAGUAGUUACAUUUCAUGGUUUGUAGAAGUAAAGACGUCUCUCUAAAGGCCUCAGUUUACUUCAGACGAAGUUUGUACGAUAAACUGUGUCUGACGGCAGCCGCAGGCGAGUCAUCUGACCUGGACUGUGGUUACAGCAGUCCACCCGCUUCCAAUCGCAUCACGUUUGUCAGAGAGCUGUAGGACUGAUGCUGAGUUACUCCGGGAGCGUCUGACUCUGGAGGGUUUUCUGACGAAACGUCGGACCUCUUGGGACCUGUUUGUGCUGAUCUGGGACCUCAAUGGGAAUUUUAUCCAGGACUGAGAAGGCUUGCUGGUCCUGAACUGGUCCCUGUUGCUUUAAGGCUUUCUUUGAGGUGGACUGAGGCCUAGAUGCUUCCAGAAAGAAAAACAAAAAACCCUCGGUGGGCAAAGUUGCUGCUGAGUUGACCGACGAGUCGGUCUGCUGCCAGGCACCGUUGACUCUGUCCUCAUCACUUUAUUGCAGACCUGAUGUUAAAGUCAAAUGUUGCUUUUGGGAAUCAAAAAGUUCUGACUGAAACCCAAAGAGAUUGUUCCCUGUGCAGGAGCUACUGGGCAAACUGGGAAACCUGACAAAGAUGCAAAAAGAGCUGAAGUUGGGACUAACAGCGCGAGUAACUGAGCAGAGCUGACAUGUGGUUCAGAACGCGAGUCUAAGAGUCGGUUUCCAAAGGCGUUCAGAUAAACGGUCGUGAUUGUGAGAGAGCCAAUCAGGGGGAGAGAAAGUCGAGGGGUAAAGAGGUGGACCUGAGCUGCUUCACACCUGCUCUACCAAACGAGCAGGUGUGAAGCAGCAUGACGAAGCCUGAGACACAAACCCCAGAAACUUUGGUUCAUCUGAAUAAGUGAACCUGCUUCAUCUUUGAUGAUCCCUGAAGGGCAGAAGGACUCCAGGAUAACCCAGUUAAAAGCAGCUCUGGCCCAGUCUGGCCCGGCACUGGGAGCCUGGGUUUGCAGCUGUCUGUGGGAGGUGUUCACUGUGGAGCCGCAGUGCUCGAACAAACUAAACCAGAAACGGGUCAGAUAAUCAAAGAUUAAACGAUCGGGAUCCGGGUAGCAGGGCGUCAACUCCAAGGGGCCAGACUGACGACACGGCGCCUUCUGAUGUCACUUCCUGUCUUGUUUAUAUGUGCUGUACAUGUGUAGAGCGGCUCCCCUGCGAGCCCUCUGAGAUGUGAACAGCUGAUUGUUACUGACCCUCACCGGGUCAGAGACCUUCACUGACGAAACGUGACGAGAUGACGAGGCACUGUUGGGAGCGAGCCCUGGCGGUCCCGUGGGGGCCGGGUUUUUGUCUGUAGCUGUGACCAGCGGCGUUGACGUUUCCUGUUGUUUUCCUUCUGCCUCGUGCUUUGUCGGUUGUUGAGCUUGUUGAUGUGCAGAUUUUCUUCUUCCUGGUGUUGCUGUGAGAAACGCCAUCAAUUUUCUGCAUGUGUUCCCGUGGCUGCUGGUCUCUCUUUUGGAUGUUUGUUUCUCCGUAACUCCGCCCUCUCUCCUUUCUGUUGCUUUUUUGUUUUGCACUUUACUUCGGGAGCGGUGGAGGAUGAACCCUCCCGUUCAGCAGUGUGACGCAGCUUCGCUUGUGUUUGUUUGUUGUGAAGAGAAAGUGAAGCGUGAUGAGGACAGAAGCCAGAACUUUAAUGUGAAUCUAUUUUCCUACGUGACGCAAUAAAGACGUGACGUUAACUUACUCUCCGGUCUCCGCCUUUCAUUUCAGCAGGUAUUAAAUCACUUCCUGAUGACUAAUCGGAUCUUUGGAAAAUGCCGUCAGCAUUCCCGAGGGUCCCUCACUGCUCACGGGAUCUGAGGGUCACAAGAGGACUUGGGGGUCACAAAAACUGAAUCCUCUGGGACAAACUUUGAAUUGAAUGAUCCUGUGAGUUUGAUUUGUUUCUAGUUUGAGUCUGAAAUCAGAUUCUUUUUUGUUAAAAUGUUAUAAUUUAGUUUAAAACAGACCUGAAGUAUUUCAAAUGGAGCAAUGGGUUUAAAAGAUGAUUUCUUUAAAUGUCUUCUUUCUCUUCUCACUUAUUUCAUGUUCUUUGUAAAGCUGCUGAUGGAGAUCGAAAACAAUCAGUGAAAACACAAAAGAGGAGCUUGAUUUUCUGCCUGUGUGACAAUCGCAGACAUAAGAAUAAAAAGCUUUAAUUGCU